UUCAGCUCUCAAGCACAGUUUUUGCCGGCGUCCGGUAGACUCGCAAUCGCAUCAGAGCUCAAAAAAAACAUGCUCAAAAGGUCCCAGCCACCUACCGGAGGGCCUGUGCGAGCCGACAGCGCUGCGCGCGCGCGUCCGGUCGAGCAGCUUGCUGCCAAAGAGGAUCGGAUCGGAAAACACACAUCUACGCGCGCGCGGAGGCCUCGCAUUCUCCACUCGAGCAGUCAUCUAACGCACGCACCCCCCGCAGACACCAAACAAUCUAAAAUGGCCAAGCUCGCUCUCGCCCUCCUCGCCGCCCCGGCCGUCGCCUUCGUGGCCCCCGGCCAGCAGGCCGCCUCCAAGGUCGUCGUCAAGGGCGACAUCGGCGUCGACCCCGGGCCGAUCACCCCCUCGGGCUUCAUGUUCGAGGACACGGAGGGCCUCGCCCGCCGCCGCGCCGUCGAGAUCAAGCACGGCCGCAUCUCCAUGAUGGCGUUCCUCGGCAUGAUGGUCCAGGAGCUCGGCAUCACCUUCCCCGGCUCCAUGACCCUUGACGGCUCGGUCCAGUUCUCGGACAUCCUCAAGGACGGCAUGGGCUUCGCGGCGCUCUCCAACGUGCCCACGUUCGGCCUCGCCCAGAUCCUCCUCUUCGGCGGCAUUGCCGAGACCGUCGCCAUGCCGGCGUCGCAGUACACGGGCGGCCCGCAGAACCUCCCGGGCGGCUACGACGGCUCGGCGGGCACCAUCCCCGGCGGCUACCCGUUCACGGAGCAGAUCACGGACCCCGCCGCGCGCACGCGCGCGCUCACGUGCGAGCUCCAGAACGGCCGCGCGGCCAUGCUCGGCACGUUCGGCGCCAUGUGCCACUCGUGCGUCGACUCGUGCGACCACCACUUCUUCUACCCGAUCACGCACAACUAAGCUGCGUCGUCGCCGAGGACUCCGAGCUCGGCGC